AUGGAUGAGAAGAAUCACACAAUUGUGACAGAAUUUCUUCUUUUGGGAUUCGGGAACCUCGCCCACUUCAGGAUUCCGACCUUCAUCAUCUUAUUGAUCGUUCAUUUCAUGGCUCUGUCUGGAAAUAUCCUUGUUAUUACUUUGGUUGCAGCCAAAAAGAGUCUUCAUUGCCCGAUGUACUUCUUCCUCAGCCAGCUUUCUCUAUCGGAGAUCUUGUUCACCACCAACAUUGUGCCAAAUAUGCUGAGACUUAUCCUGGAGGGCGGAGGGAAAAUCUCACUUUUUCAUUGUGUUUUUCAGCUCUAUUUAUCAUCUGUCCCUACUGUUGCCCAAUGCUUGUUGUUGGCAGUGAUGUCCUUUGACCGGCACGUGGCCAUCUGCAGACCAUUACACUAUGCUACCAUUAUGACCUUCAAGCGUCAGAUACUGAUGGUUACCUUCUCCUGGUUGUUGGGCAUAUUCUUCUCUAUUAUUCUUUAUGUUUUCCUAAGAAAAUUGACAUUCUGCUGCCAUACUAUCGACCAUUUCUUUUGUGACAUUGCUCCUCUGGUUAAGCUCUCUUGCUCGGAUACAUCUUCGGUUGAACUAGUCACGGCUUUGUUUGCGUACCCCAUUAUCUUGUCUCCAUUCUUGUUCAUCGUGGUCAGCUACAUCUCCAUACUACAGACAGUCCUCAAUAUCCCCACCAGCAUAGGAAGACAGAAAGCUUUCUCCACCUGUAGCUCCCACCUGACCUCUGUAUGUCUGUAUUAUGGGACGUUAUCUUCCAUAUACAUAUUUCCAUUGAAAGAGAAGUUCAUAAAUGCAAACAAGGGUCUGACGUUACUUUAUGCCUUAGUGACUCCUCUGUUCAACCCUCUGAUCUACAGCUUGAGGAACCAGGAUAUUAAAAACGCAAUUGUACGUUUGUCCAAAUUUCACAUCUAG